AUGGAGCUGCGCGUGGGGAACAAGUACCGCCUGGGCCGCAAGAUCGGCAGCGGCGUGGGGAACAAGUACCGCCUGGGCCGCAAGAUCGGCAGCGGCUCCUUCGGGGACAUCUACCUGGGCGCCAACAUUGCCACAGGGGAGGAGGUGGCCAUCAAGCUGGAGUGUGUGAAGACCAAGCACCCCCAGCUCCACAUCGAGAGCAAGUUCUACAAGAUGAUGCAGGGAGGAGUGGGGAUUCCCUCUAUCAAGUGGUGUGGUGCGGAGGGGGAUUACAAUGUGAUGGUGAUGGAGCUGCUGGGCCCCAGUCUGGAAGAUCUCUUCAACUUCUGCUCCCGGAAGUUCAGCCUGAAGACUGUGCUGCUGCUGGCUGACCAGAUGAUCAGCCGUAUAGAGUACAUCCACUCCAAGAACUUCAUCCACCGGGACGUCAAGCCGGACAACUUUCUGAUGGGCCUGGGGAAGAAGGGCAACCUUGUGUACAUCAUCGACUUCGGCCUGGCCAAGAAGUACCGCGACGCCCGCACGCACCAGCACAUCCCCUACCGCGAGAACAAGAACCUGACGGGCACCGCCCGCUACGCCUCCAUCAACACCCACCUGGGCAUCGAGCAGUCUCGGCGUGACGACCUGGAGUCCCUGGGCUACGUGCUGAUGUACUUCAACCUGGGCUCCCUGCCCUGGCAGGGCCUGAAGGCCGCCACCAAGCGGCAGAAGUACGAGCGCAUCAGCGAGAAGAAGAUGUCCACGCCCAUCGAGGUGUUGUGCAAAGGAUAUCCCUGUGAGUCCCUGUCCUGCGCAUUGUCCCGUCCCGUCCCCCUGGCCUGUGGCUGGGCAGGGGGCAAGAGGUCGGCCCGCUCGUGGGCGGGGAGGGAGCCGGAGAGAGCCGGGCGCCGGGCGCUGGGACGGGAGGUGUUGGCGCACUUAUUUGUGGCGUCAGUCCGCUGA